GGUGGAACUUUGCAACGCCAAGACACUCCGGAUGACAGAUCCGUCUUAACUUGAUUUGCGCUGCUAGUUUAUUAUCUGCUUUAUUACUCAUCAGUCGAUUUCCGUGUUUUCCUAUUUUACUUAUUCAUUGUUUAUCCCACAGUACGAGUAAUUCAGUGUCAUUUUUACCAUGGGUAUCUUUUCUGGUAGUUCGCCAUUUGAUCUGGAUGUCGAAAAGGCAACCGAUGAAAAGAAUAUGAGUGAGAAUUGGGAAACAAUUCUUGAUGUCUGUGACAAAGUAAAAGCGAUAACUACUGGACCUAAAGAUUGUUUGAGAGCCAUUAUCAAACGAUUGUAUCAUCAAAAUCCACAUGUUGCCAAGCAGGCUGUCAAACUUUUGGAUGCCUGUGUGAGCAACUGCCAUAAACCAUUCCAUUUAGAGAUAGCGUCAAGAGAUUCCGAACAAGAGUUGUACAAGCUUAUCAAAAAUAAAUUACACCCCCAAGUAGCUUCCCAAUUAAAACAGUGUUUAAAGAAGUGGGCAGAGGGUGAUUUCAAAACCGAUUCUCAACUCAGUCUUAUACCUGCUUUAUAUAAUCGUUUGAGGCAGGAAGGUGUUGAUUUUACAGAGACAACUGAACCAGUUAAGAAAACAGUUGUAAACAAUAAAGAUGUGGCAGCCAGAGAAGAGGAGGAUAUUGCAAAAGCAAUUGCACUGUCACUGAAAGAGGCAGAAGUGACCACAAAAGUUUCUUUGUCCUUGUAUCCAUCUAUGACGACAUCAGCCCCAAUUUCACCUGUGAAAGAGCGGGAGCGACGUAAAGUGCGUGCAUUAUACGAUUUUGAGGCUGCUGAAGAUAACGAGUUGACAUUCAAAGCUGGGGAGAUCAUUCACGUAAUCGAUGAUUCAGACCCUAAUUGGUGGAAGGGGUCCAAUCAAAGAGGAGAAGGUCUUUUUCCGGCUAAUUUCGUGUCGACUGAUUUGGAAGCUGAACCAGAAGUGAUGGUGACAAGAGACACGUCUAAGCGAGUCCAGUUCAACGAGCAAGUUGUAGUGGCCACUCUCGAAGAGACGGCCAGCAGUGAAGCAGAAGUCGAAAUCGAUGAAGCUAAAAUUGAUCGAAUGCUUCAUGCUCUUCACGAAGCAGAUCCUACAGGGGAACGCAACGAUCCGGAAGAGUUGAAAAUGCUAGAAGAUCAAUGUGGCGCUAUGGGCCCAUUAAUUGAUGCUGAACUGGAGAAACUUGAUCGUCGUCACGCCCACUUAACCAAGUUGGGUAGUCAUUUGAUUGAAUCACUGGACAUGUAUCGAAGUCUUAUGCGAGAAAUGCCGGCGCCUCCCCAAACCCAUCCAAAUAUGAACAUGGGAAUGUCUGUCCCUGGCUACCAAUAUCCUGGCGCAAACGUUGCACCCAUCGGGCCAGUCGGAGGCAUGAAUGUAUCCGGGAACAUGAAGUACCCUUUUCCUCAACCUCAGGCACCUCCACAGAGUCCUUCUUUAGCUCCAUUUGCUCCACCUGUUAGCCAUUCUGCUACAUUUCCUCCUAAUCAAGUCCCCAAUCCAAUGCCUUAUGGAGUGGUUAAUAUGGGCCAACAACCUUUUGUUAACCCAUAUUCUGGCCAUCCUCAGAAUUUCUAAUUUGUAUUCUAGCUGCGCAAUUGUACAGUUACAAUUUCAUUCUCCUUGUUGUAACCCCCCUUUCUCCUUAGAGUUCAAUUCUUCCAACGUUUCGGUUGUUAAAUGUCUUACAAUUUCAUCAUCCUUUACCUACAACCUCAUUUAGUUACUCUACGUUGGUUAAAACAAUAAAUUUCGCAGAACUUUCCGUUUGA